ACCGAAAGCGAGCGGAUUCUAAAAUGGCCAUUGGGGUUGGUAGGGGAUUUUUGUCAAACACCUAGAGGCUACUGGAAGUGGAAAAGAUUGGGGCAUUUGCCAAGCUGGAACAAAAAAGCAAAGCCGUUCAAACUUGUGGGCCCCUACACUCCUCCCUCUUAUAAUUUCUAGUUUCCUCUUUCUUCUUGGCCCAAUUGGCCCGUUUACCUUUCUCUCUUCCUCUGAAUCUGUUUUCCCCACCACCCCCACCUCCUCCUCCUCUUCUUCCCCCGCCAGAAUCACAAGCUAAGGAGGAGAGACGAAUCUCUCUCUUUCUCUCUUCUAAUUAUGGCGCUUUGCAUUUGGGAAUGCCACUUGGUUUGCUAUUCACAAAAUUUGGAAAAGGGUCAACCAUUGCCAAAGUUUGGUGAAUGGGAUGUCAAUGAUCCAGCAUCAGCUGAGGGAUUCACAGCCAUCUUCAACAAAGCUAGAAAUGAGAAAAAAACUGGUGGAAAGCCUGACUCGCCGGCAACGGAUAGCUCUGGUUUGAAGCCUGGCCCUGCUACACUUGGGAAGCCUCAGUCUAAAAAAUGGUUUUGCUGUAUGCAACCUGCUCAAGUAGAAUAAAGAGGUGGCUCUUGUCUUGUAAGAGUAGUCAUUGGAGAGUAUAAUUUAUCUACACCUGGCCCUAGCAUAUAAAUCCAGAAGGCGGGAGCUGUAUUCAGAAGCUAUGAUGGGUCGUGGUGGAAUAUGUUUGUUGUGACUUAAGAUUUGUGAUGAUGUGGGGUUGGGGAAGUAUGUGACGAUCGAACAAUGUGGUUUUCUGUUUAUGUAGAUUACGAGGAGUUGUGGAAAUUUUUUUUCGUUUUUUGGGUUCCUGUUUAGAGUGCUGUGAUUUUCAUUUGUAUCCAUUUGCCUUUAUGUAAUGAAGCUCUCCUUUUCUUA